UUCCCAUACUCAGUCACUUAUCAACGAAAAAUCCAGCACAACCACCGAUCUUCUUCCUCAUAGAUAUAGAUCUCCUGUUUCUCCCUCUAAACCUUAAUCCUAAUUUCUGAUUCUCGAUUCUCAGCUUCUUACACCAUCUAUGGCGCCCACUGAAGAGCCUACUGUCGCCGCGGAAACAGCCUCCGAUCCCGCCGUGACCGAGCCGGUUGAGGAGAAACCAGCGGCUAAAGCUUCGAAGCCCAAAAAGGCUAAGGCCCCGAAGGAGUCCAAAGCUAAGAAGGUGGCCAGUCCUAAGAAACCCAGGAAUCCUCCCUCUCAUCCUCCUUACAUCGAGAUGAUCAAGGAAGCGAUCGUAUCACUGAAAGAGAGGACUGGUUCGAGCCAGUAUGCCAUCACCAAAUUCAUCGAGGACAAGCAGAAAUCCCACCUCCCACCCAACUUCAAGAAGCUUUUGCUCUUCCACUUGAAGAAGCUUGUUGCUGCUGGGAAGCUCGUCAAGGUCAAGAAUUCCUACAAGCUCCCGCCAUCUCGACCUGCAGCCGCUCCCGCCGCCAAGAAGCCAGCAUCCGCUCCCGCGGCCAAGAAGCCGGCAGCCGCAAAGCCCAAGGCAUCAGCCAAGCCCAAGGCCGCAGCUAAGCCCAAGCCUGCUGCAAAGCCAAAGGCCGCUGCCAAACCUAAAGCCGCCCCUGUUAAACCCAAGGCCGCCGCGAAGCCGAAGGCUGCUGCCAAGCGGAAGCCGGCGGCAAAGCCGAAGCCUAAAACAGCCAGACCAGCAAAGGCUGCCAAGACAUCAACAAAAUCGACUCCCGGGAAGAAGGCACCAGCUGCAAAGCCUGCUGCGGCAAAGAAAACUCCCACCAAGAACGUGAAGAAGCCCAAGAGUGUUAAGUCGCCGGCCAAGAAAGCUCCGGCGAGAAAAGCCAAGAAGUGAGGAUUGAUGUCGUGUUCGGUCAAGGGGUAGCUUUUGUAAAUGCGUGAAUGAAUUGGGGUAUUUUUACAAUGCUCAAAAAAAGAUAACGGAACAGGAUUUGUACAACAAUGCAGCUCUUCCUCUUUUUUUUUUUUUCUUUUUUAAUUUUAAAAUCUCUUUUUCUAGCCUAUUUGUUUUUUCAGUGUUUAGGGAAAUGUAGAUGUAAUUUGAGAUUGGGAAACUAACCACUCAGAUCGUUUCCCUCCUUUGUACUCACUUCCGAUGCUGAAAUGUGUUGAUCAAUUAGAAUUAAUAGACUUUCUUUUCUGCAA